AUGUGGAAACAGAGCGUGUACAGAUGGACCAGAGUGAGAGCAGGUGCUGGUAGUGCUUGCAGUGGCCGAUUGAGUGCAAUUUGGCUCGGGAGGAAAAACCUGUCCACGGCAACAUUUUCUUUGCCAAAAGUGAGAAAUAUAGGUAUCAUUGCCCACAUCGAUGCUGGAAAGACUACAACGACAGAGAGGAUGCUUUAUUAUGCCGGAGUCUCGAAACACAUUGGGGAUGUGGACACUGGUGACACCAUGACAGAUUUUUUGGAGCAAGAAAGAUCACGAGGUAUCACCAUUCAAAGUGCUGCAAUUUCAUUCCCCUGGAGAGAUUCCUUUACAGUGAAUCUGAUUGAUACGCCAGGCCACAUAGACUUUACAUUCGAAGUGAUCAGGGCGUUGAAGGUUAUUGAUUCAUGCGUUGUGAUACUAGACGCUGUGGCCGGUGUGGAGGCACAAACAGAGAAGGUUUGGAAGCAGAGUCAAUCGAAACCUAAGAUCUGCUUUAUUAAUAAGAUGGAUCGGAUGGGGGCAAGUUUCAAUCAUACAGUCAAAGACUUGAUGAGGAAAUUUAUGCAAGGCACAACUACUAAACCAGUAUUGAUAAAUUUUCCCUACUAUAGAAAACCGCUAACUGGCAGCGAUUAUGUUUUCCAAGGUGUCAUCGAUGUUAUAAAUGGAAAAAGCUUAACAUGGAACCAGGAGGAUCCCGACGCGAUUGUUAUCAAUGACCUGGAUAGUGAUUCUCUUGAGCAAUACAACCGUUGUAGAGAAUCAAUGAUAGAGACUUUGACUGAAUAUGACGAAGAAUUGGUCCAGCAUUUUCUGGAAGAUGCAGAAGGCGAUUAUUCAAAAGUAUCUGCACAAUCGUUAAAUGCCUCUAUAAGAAAAUUAAGUGUGCAGAAUAAGGUCGUGCCCAUAUUAUGUGGUGCCUCAUUCAAAAAUAUUGGUGUACAACCUUUACUGGACGCUAUCGUUAACUACCUUCCUUCACCCAUCGAAGCUCAGUUGCCUCAGUUAAACGAUGAAAAUAUUCCAGUAAAGUACGAUCCUAAAAUUGGGUGUCUAGUAAAUAACAACAAAAAUAUUUGUAUCGCCUUCGCAUUCAAGGUCAUUACAGAUCCAAUCAGGGGUAAACAAGUUUUUGUUAGAAUCUAUUCAGGAACACUGAACAGUGGUAACACUGUUUAUAAUUCUAGCACUGGUGAAAAAUUCAAACUGGGUAAAUUACUGGUGCCUCAUGCAGGGACAUCACAACCUGUAAAUGUUUUAUCUGCAGGUCAAAUUGGACUACUUACUGGAUCCACCAUAGAAAACAGCAUUUCCACAGGUGAUACUUUAAUAACCCAUUCCUUGAAGAAAGAUGGUUUGAAAUCUUUUAAUAAAAAAAAGGAAUUGACGUUAAAGAUCAAUCCGAUUUCCAUUCCUCCUCCAGUAUUUGGUGUUUCCAUUGAACCAAGAACUUUGAGUAAUAAAAAAUCAAUGGAAAACGCUUUGGACACAUUAAUCACUGAGGAUCCCAGUCUGUCGAUUACUAAAAACGAAGAGACUGGUCAAACUGUCUUAAAUGGUAUGGGUGAGUUACAUCUCGAAAUUGCUAAAGAUCGUUUAAUUAAUGACUUGAAAGCUGACGUGGAAUUCGGUCAAUUGAUGGUUUCUUAUAAAGAAACUAUUACUCUCGAAACAAAUCUCGAAACAUUUGAAAACGAUAACGACUAUAAGUUCUCUUUAUCUGUAAUGCCAAACACUGCUACUAACUCUGAUUGUGCUACAUAUCCAUUGGGAAUUAAUAACAAUUAUCUAUUAAUGGAAAAGAACACCAAAUAUGAUGAUAAUGAAUGGAAACUUCAAGUUUCCCUAGAAUCGAUUAUAAAUUCAAUUAUGGCAAGUUCCAUUGUUGGGUUACAAAGAGGGGGGAAGCUGGCCAACUUUCCUUUGUACGGGUGCUCAAUCAAAAUUAAAGGCGAUUGGACUUUACCGUUAGAUAUUGAAGGUCCCCAAGAAAUCUUAAAAAUCACCAGAAACCUAAUUCUCAAAGCUCUUGACGAUUUACCAACCAAUAACUAUACUCUUUUAGAACCGGUUAUGGACUUGAGUCUUAUUAUUCCUCAAUCUGAUGUUGGUGUAGUAUUACAGGAUUUGACAGGCGCGAGGAAAGCUCAAAUUCUUUCUAUCGAAGAUGAAUCUUGUCCGAUAUCUUCGGAUCCAUCCCCUAAUAUUUCUACAGAUAAUCAUAACAGGAUAUAUGUUCCUCCUGAUAUCAGUUCUACCUUACACACCAUCACAGGUAAAAAGAAUGCGCGAGACACUAAUAUUAAUCUGAAAAAAAUCAUAAAAGCAAAAGUGCCACUGAGAGAAAUUAUAGCCUACACCAGUAAGCUAAGAAGCCUGUCACAAGGAAGAGGCGAGUUUAAUGUUGAAUAUAAUGAUAUGGACAAAGUCACUAAUGAUCGCUUACAGUCCAUUUUAAACGACUUAUAA